GCUUCAAGUGUAGUCUCCCUUUCAGAAUUCGAUCUUGACAGUCCUCAGCGAUCUCGGCGCUCUCGUCGCGACCAUGUCGAAGUCCUCGACUCCUCAACCGUCCAAUUCGCUACUUCUCCGUAGACAACUUCAAGAGCUAACCAAGCGUCCAGUGCAGGGCUUCUCUGCAGGGCUUGUUGAUGAUGACAAUCUCUACGAGUGGGAAAUCGUGAUUAUCGGUCCACCCGAUACCCUCUAUGAGGGUGGUAUCCUUAAGACUCGACUUUCCUUUCCGCCAGAGUACCCAUUGCAACCCCCCAAGAUGCGAUUUAUCACGCCAAUGUGGCACCCUAACAUCUACCCUAACGGUGAUGUCUGUAUUUCAAUUCUUCAUGCCCCUGGGGAAGAUCAGUACGGUUAUGAAGAUGCAAGUGAAAGAUGGCUGCCCGUUCAUACAGUGGAGACUAUCCUCAUCAGCGUUAUCUCUCUCUUGUCUUCUGACACUCCCAACACUGAUAGUCCCGCCAACGUUGAUGCCGCGAAGGAGAUCCGCAAUGACCUAGCCGCUUACAAGAAGAAAGUGCGGCGACUAGUCCGCCAGUCUGCAGAAGCAGCGUGGGAUUAGCAUAUUUUUCGUUGCAUUGCCAACUGUGCCAUCUCAACUCCAACACCACAUUAGUGUAUAUCUGCCAUCUGUCACAGUAGUUGUCUUGAUUCAUGCACCUUCUUGGUUUAUCAGUUUUUUGAGGACUGUCCAG